AUGGCAUUUCCGGAGUUCGAGGUGCCUCUGACACCUCAGGACUUGCCUGCAGAGCAAACUUACGAAAUGGUCAAUGCCUCGCUCACUGCGCUCCAAGAAGCCUCUGAUGGGGUCUUCAACCGCAUCCAAGAUGCCGUCGAGGAAAGAAAAGGAACCAGCAAAAAUAGCUUGCAAUUGCCUGGGAGAGACCUGCCGCCGCCACCAGAGCUGCCAGCAGAGGACGAUGGCCGGGUGAGAGGGCAGGACACAGCUGAUCUGCUGCACUUCUUCAAGCAGGCACAGGCCACCUCGAGCGCCAUCACCACUCAGGCGCAGGCGAGCAGGCGGGUGGCGGAUCGGCCGUCGCCGCCGCAGCCGUUCAGCUUCCAGGAGCUUCCGUUCCCUGCGCUGCAGCUGCCGCGUACGCUGCCUGACCUGGAAGCUUCCUCGCAGCGCUCCUCUGCCAAAUCAGGCAACGGCCGGCCAGAGCCCUCCCGCCCGCGAGUGCCAUGGGAUCCAGCAUUCACAGGCCGGCAGAUCAGCCAAGAAAGCAGGAGCAGCCGCGCUUUGUCUGAAGAUGGCGAGCCUUCAGCCAAGCCGAAGCAGGCAGAGCAGACAAAAAGCCCCACUGUCAAUGGACGCACAAAAGAAGAGGCAGCAGAGCCUGAAGAGACAACAUGCAGCGAUGAGCUGGCGGCUGACAUGGGCAAACGCACAGACGCCUUUGCAGCAGCCACAAGCGGAAAGCGGCCGCCGCGGAGCCUGCCGCCGAGCCGGGGCGGGUCUGCAGAGGCGUUGGAUACGCAGGGUGGGGGGCCUACCCAAUCACAGCUGCGGCUGGGGGUCCCCCCGCCAUUCUUGGAGGGCCCCGGCAGCGUGGGAUCCCAGCGGCGAUUUGCGCACAUGGGGGACCUGGGAACUGCCCUUGACAAGCAUGUGGAUCUGGGGGCUUUGGGGGGCGUUCCGAGUGACUUGGAGCAGAGCAUUUUGAUGCGUCAGCGUUCGCUCUCCAGCCGCGCAUCCAUGGACGACCCAACUCACUGA